GUCUCGUUAUCCCACACAUCCUGCAAGUCGCAGUCUUGUGGGGGUGGCUCCCACUCCUCUUCCUCCUCCUCCUCCUCUUCUUCUUCCUCAUGCCAUGGGAACUCAGGGGACUGGGACCCCAGCUCUUUCUUGUCUGCUCACAAGCUCUCGGGCCUCUGGAACUCACAGCACACCAACGGGGCCGCACAGGGCAGCCCCCUCGGGGCCCCCCCUGCUGCACUAGGUGAGGCCUUCCACUCCUCAGAGCAUCAUCAGCACUCGGACCUCACUGCUCCUCCCAACAGUCCCACCGGCCUCCCCUCCCAGCCGCCAGCGCUGGUCCCCUCCAAGCAGAUGCCUGCCCAUCCGGGGCCCUUCGGCUCCCCCCCCCCCGUCCCACCCGCUGGCGUGCAGGCGGCAGCCCCGAAGCCGGCAUCCGAGUCUCCUCCCACUGGUACCGUCUCACACAGCCCGGGGUCAUGUAAGAGCCCUCACCUGCCCCCCGCCAACGUGCCGCUGCUGAAGAUGCCGCCUCCGCUGUCGGGCUGCACUCAUCCCUGCAACGGGCACUGCAGCACUUCGCUCAUCCCUCCUCCCACCUCCCACCAGCUGCCCAGCACGAACAGGGACUCCUCUUGCAAAGGACACAAAUUCCCAAACGGUACCAGCUGCCACCCACCGCAGCCAUGCGAGGCAGAUGAGGGGCUUGGGGAGGACGAGGACAGCAGCUCAGAGCGCAGUUCCUGCACCUCCUCCUCCACCAACCAGAAAGAUGGGAAGUUCUGCGACUGCUGCUACUGUGAGUUCUUCGGCCACAAUGCGCCCCCGGCCGCUCCCACGAGCCGCAACUAUGCUGAGAUCCGGGAGAAGCUGCGUUCACGCCUCACCAAGAGGAAAGAGGAGCUGCCGCAGAAACUAGGGCACAACAGCAGCUCAGGAGAGCCUGCUGUGGACCACCGCAACGUCGACGAGCUACUGGACUACAUCAACAGCACAGAGCCGAAGCCCUUGAACAGUGCCAAGGCAGCCAAGAGGGCACGGCACAAGCAGAAGAAGAAGGAGAAGGAGAAAGCCCAGCUGGAGGCGGAGGCCCAGAAGCGGGCAGAGCGUGCCCCUGCAGCUAGCCAGGCCAGGGAGCCGGCCGAGGAGAAGCUGCUGGAGGGGCCAGGGCGGGAGCUGGAGCGGGUGAACAGCUUCCUCAGCAGCAGGCUGCAGGAGAUCAAGAACACCAUCAAGGACUCCAUCCGGGCCAGCUUCAGCGUCUAUGACCUCAACCUGGAUGUCAACGACUUCCCCAAGAAGGCAGCUGUCCUGGAGCAGAAGAACCUGCUUUCCCACCUCAAUGGCUCCUCCGACCUGCAGGACAUAGACCUGGCCCUGGCCCCGCUCAGCCUGGGCCCUGCCAAGAGCCACACGCUGCUGCGGGGAGAACUGGGCCCCCGAUGGG